AUGGCAAGCACCCGGGGCAGGGCAGAGCGCCGCCAGGGCGGGUUCGCGCACUGCUACAAGGUGACCUGCGUGGAGACUGCACGGCCGUACGCGAUGAAGAUCGUGCCCAAGAGCACGCUGGUGAAGAGCCGGGCGCGCCAAAAGCUCCAGACCGAGAUCAAGAUCCACCGCACGCUGCAGCACCCCCGCGUGGUUCGGUUUGAGAUGUUCUUCGAGGACAGAGAAAACGUCUACAUCCUGCUGGAGCUCUGCGCCAACCACCUCAUCCGAAAAACGAAGCGCUUCACGGAGGACGAGGCCCGGCGGUACAUGCUGCAGAUCCUGGAGGCUACGAGCUACUUGCACCAGCACCAGAUCAUUCACCGCGACCUUAAGCUCGGCAACGUCUUCUUGGACCGCGACUGGAACAUCAAGAUGGGAGACUUCGGGCUGGCGACCAAGCUGGCCCAAGACAGUGAGCGAAAAAGAACAAUCUGCGGAACCCCCAACUACAUCGCACCCGAGAUCCUGGAGGGGAAGGCGGGGCACAGCUAUCAGGUGGAUCUGUGGUCAGCGGGGGUGAUCCUGUACACCAUGUUGGUGGGAAGGCCCCCUUACGAGUCUACCGACGUGAAGUCUACCUACCGCCGCAUCCUGGCCAACGUUUACACCUUUCCGGACUCGGUUCCUGUCAGCGAUAGCGCCAAAGACCUCGUGGGGAGGCUGCUCCAGGUGAAGCCGGAGCUCCGCCCGUCCCUCGACGACAUCCUCAACCACCCCUUCCUGCGGAACGGCGGGCCCCGGCAACGGUUCUCGACCUCUCAUGGGCUCCGAGGCUCGUCGGCAUCCUCCUCCCCGCCCUCCUCCGCCGUCACCAGCGCCGGCGGCGGCGGUGGCUCGAGUUCUACCGCUGGUCGCUUGGGUUCGCAGAAGCACGGCGGCACUCCCGAGCGGUGCGGCACCGCAAGCGGAGGGUUCGGGCGGCCACCAUUGAAGACGAGGAGUUCUAACGUGGAGGCGGAGGCGCCGGAGGGGGGGGGGGGCGGUGUAACGGCGACGGCGGAGGGCGCCGCCCGUUUGGCGAAGGCGAGGUCUGGGACCCCGACGCCGAUGGGGAAAUCUGGAGGAGACGGAGGGAGAGACGUGCCCGAUGGGCGGCACGCCUCCAAGCGAUCUACUGCCUGUCCCACCUCAUCGCGCUCGGUCGUUCCUCGCACCCACAACACGAAGGGCUUCAGCGUAUACUGCGACACCAAGGAAACAGCUGGGAGUCGAGGCAGAGGGGUGGGCGCUAGCGGCGGCGGGGCGCAGAGCAGUAGCGGCAGGCGGGUCGCUUCUACGGCUGGCGGCGGCGGCGGCGGCGGCGGCGGCGGCAGAAGGAGUCCCGCCGCCGCCGGCUCGGGGGGCGCCGAGGCGGCCGUGAAGUCUCCCGGUGGGGACAAGGAGAACGAUCCCCGCUCGGCAAUCGGCGGCGGUGGGACCGGCGGGGUGCGGGUGCCCGUCAAUGGACCCAUCUCUCGCCGGCCUGUCGUGCGGUCGGCCUCUUCAGUGGGCUCUUCCGGCCGCGCGAGCGGCCGUGAUAGGGCCGAGGGGAACAGCACCGGCGGCGGCGGUGCGAAGGGGCUCGCCGCCGGCGGCAACCGAAAGGCGAGCAUCCGCCGGUCCGCCAGCGCGGUCGGGACGCAGGCGGACCACCGACGCGUCGCGUCGGCUAGGGAAACGGGGGGAGAGUACGGCUCCAGAGGGAAGAAGGCGGCAGCGGGCGCUGCAGCAGCAGGGGCGGUUACUCCGCGUGGUCGCUCUUCCGCCGCCUCCAGGGGCACGCCGGUCGGGUCCCCGCCGACACCAUCCCCGUACAGAUCAUCUCCGUUGCCUGGCCCGGCUUCCGGCGGGGGCGGCAGCAGGGUGAGCACUAGGAUGGUCGCGGUCGGGGGCGGGACGACUCCCCGGAGCCAGACGAAGAGCAGGGGGGAUGCGCGGCAGCGGUUGGACUUCGGGAGCACGCCAAGAUCGACGAGGCAGCGCGGUUCUCCUGGUGCUGCUGCGGCGGGGCCGUCUAGCGGAGGAGGAAGAGGAGGCCGAUCGACCAGCGCGCCGAGCCGGUCCGGAGCGGCCCGCGGGACGAGGGCAUCGGCAGCCGCAGCGGCGGCAAGAGAAGCAGCGAUCGCGGCGGCGGCGCCGCCGCUGCCGCCGGCCCCAACGGUGUGGGUCACGCGGUACGUGGACUACUCGACCAAGUACGGCCUCGGCUUCCUGCUGUCGGACGGGAGCGCCGGCGUUUACUUCAACGACGCAACCAAGAUCGUCCUGGAGCCGGCCGGUGUCGCGUUCGAGUACAUCGAGCGCACGCGCAGGUCGACCUCUUCUUCGCCGGCUUCCGGCGGCACCGGGGACCAGCCGCCGCGCGCGAGGCACACGCUGGAGGACUUCCCUCCGGAGCUCCAGAAGAAGGUGACCCUCCUGAACCACUUCCGGGGAUACCUCCACGAGCUGGUCAAGAAGGGUAAGGACGUCGGCACUAGCGGUUUUUCUGGUGAGGGGAAGGAAGAGGAGGCGGUUUCGGCCCAAGGGGAAGGGGGAGAGCCGCUGACGUUCCUGAGGAAGUGGCUGCGAACUCGCAACGCCAUCCUGUUUCGGCUGAGCAAUCGCACCGUGCAGGUGGUGUUUGCGGACCACACCGAGAUCUUGCUCUCGAACGAGGCACGCGUGGUGACGUUUGUCGACAAGCACGGCAACCGCGAGACUCAUUCCCUUCAGGGAGUGCUCCAGGAUCAGAGGUCAGACAUCAACAAGCGCGUCCGCUACUCGAACGAGUUGAUAGCGCAGCUCCUUCGGCGGGCGUGA